UCGUCGUUGGGGCGACGCAAUUUGCAUGAGCGACAACUUCGAAUCUUUUGAGAAAUUUAUACUACGAGCAGUGACUCAACGCUAAACAAUUUCGUGGAGUGGAGCAGCUCGUGUUUUUCGGUAUUUCUGCCUGCCUGUUGUAACUGCUUGGGAUGGAUCGGAUCGGAUAGGCUUGGAUCGUUGGCAAUAAUAAUCAUAAUGCCGAGUGAAAGAAGGCCAGUGAAAAGCAGUCGCCGUCCUCAUUGAAGAAGCGGCCGCCGGGCAACGGCAAUAGCAUACAAAACUUUUGGAACGAACGCAUUAUGGAGCGCUUUAUAAAGGCGAAUCUAUUCAUUAUCUGCUGCGUGGUGGCGGUUCUUUUGCUGAUCGUCUAUCUGGGGGCCUUCUCGUGUGAGGUCUCUUGGAUACUGGAGGCCCACGGGGAGCUGCCCUUCGCCGCCUACACACUCUGCUCGCUGUACUUCGUCAUGUUCGUGGCCACCACAAUCCUCAUCCACGGCCUGGUCAGCGGGCUCUGCUGGCCCUUGUUCGCCUGGUCGGGCAUCAUCGGCCUCCUCUCGAUUCCAGAACUGGUCUUUGUCAUGAUCAUGACCACACAGCACUGGGGUCUCCAAUCGGUGCAUGGACUGACAGAGCUGACUUCCUACCUGAUUCGCCUGAUCAUCAACUGUUUCGCGCUGAUCUGUGUGAUUCCCACGGGCAUUCGGUGGCGUCGGGAGACCCAGGUGCUGAGCCAGCUGCAGGGAUUGGCCACUAGACUCUCGCUGCAAACGCCCGCGCCCAGUGUUCCCAUGACCAAGGCCGACUCGCGUCGCUCCAGCCAGCGGCUGAGUGGAUUCGAGAACGCCGGCUACCAGCUGUGCGAUGAGACAGCCUCCAAGAUGCCACUGGGUCCGGGAAUGGGCUUGGGUCUGAACAACCAGUGUGGUGGUAGUCAGGCGUUUGGCUCCCAGAAUGAAUUCAAUGCCAGCAUGUUUGCGCCGGCCUUGGCCCAGCAGUUCAACAAUGCCACACUGAUGCAGCGAGGUGGCGGAGCUGGGGUGGCUCCUCCUGGCCAUCGCGCCCAGUCCCUGAUGGAUCUGCGCUGCACUCUGCCCGGCAUGUACAAUCCGCGACAUGUGCUCGAUACGGAGGACAAGAAUGCCAAGUACUUCAACAUCACCAUCGACGACUUGAAGAACAACCUCCAGGACUCGCACCGACCAUCGCCACCCUCGCUGAUUGGCUCCGUCAAUAAUGAUCCCAUAUACUGCUCCAUUGAACCCAAACAGUUGACACCGCCACCGGCUCAGCAGAGGCGUCCACGCGGAACCCACAAGCAGCCGCCACCCGGAAAACUCUCACGGAAUUGCGUUUCGCUGGAGAACCUGGACGGUAUCAGCAAGGUGCAGAAUGACCUGACAGCCUACGGGAACAAUCUGCUGCAGAACUACACGCAGCAGCAGCAAUACUACCUGGCCAUGUUGUUGCACCAACAGCAGCAGCAGCAACAUUUGCACCACCAACAGGCGGGAGGCAUCUACCGACGGCCCUCCAACUGCAGUUCCACGGGAGGAUUCGCCGGCACCGUGAUGGCUCAACCGAUGCAGCGACGCGGCUCCACGCACAGCCAGCAGAUGCAGUAUUACGGUGGCUUUGGCUAUGCCAACUACGCCAAUCCGUACAUCACGGCCAACAGCAAACUUUCGUUGGGCAACGAGUCCGACGACUACCGGAAGUACCGCGAUGUGGCUCUUUGAGUCCGUUCCCGGUCCCGUUCAUCCCGAUCCCUAAUCGAUCAUCAGUCAGCGCUUAGGUUAGACAUCACUAGUUGUAGGACAUGCUCGACAUAGAAUGAGAUUCCUCGGAAUAACGACCAAAGAGCCACAAACUAACUCAGUUUCAGUUCGUAGACUAACGUUACACUGGGAGAAUCUUAUGCCACGUUUAUACGCAGGUUA